GUUUUGCCAAUCUCUCCCCUCACCAUGGCAUCCUCCACUCUAUACCGCCGUCAGUCCAUGAUAAAUCUCUACGACAAACUGCAAGCGCAGACCGAUGAUAUGGGCUGGCUAGCCGAGACUGCUUCUCAGUUUGAAACCGAGGACAAGUCCUCCGCUCUAUAUUUCAACUUCCCAUCCGUCAAUAGCCCACCUUCGCAAAUUUCUUCUGGCGCAUCUUCCUCAUCGUCUUCGCCCUCAAACUCACCUCCGCGUGACUUUGUCAACUACGACUUAAACGUCGAUUCUGGGUCGGAUUCAGAUUCGGAUGUCGAACCCUUUUCUCUAGAAGCAGAGUCUCACUACUCUGUAUCAGAUGCUACCAAUACCUACGCGAAUACAACAAGCUUCCAGGACUUCAAUCCCAUCGAGGAGUAUGAACAGCAUACAGACUUGCCUUACUUACCCCCCGCUUUCCAACCAUAUUCUCGCGAAGUCACUCCAAUGCAUCAAAGCGAGCAUCACUACCAGGAGGCUCAGGUAGCUUCCAAGGAAGACCCAAGCAGCAUAUCCCCCUCAGUUCUCGCUCAACCGCUAACACGUUCCAACCGUGUAAAUACUCCUGCCUUUUCUCUCACCGCCGCUCAUGACUCAGACGAGGAUGCUGAUGGUGAAAGCGAUGAUGAUGUCGAUGAUGAUGAGUAUAUACCUUCCCCCCAUAUGGACUCGUGUAAGCGCCGUCAUUCCGGCCGUUCAAAUUCACUCUCCUAUCAGCGACAAGGCACCUCUCCAUCAUCAUCAUCAUCAUCUCGUAAGCGUCCUGCAUCAGGGGUCUCGACCUCUGAGCGUUUAGCCAAGCGUCCGCGCUUCUCUCCCGCACCCCGGAACGUCCAAGCCUCCCUCGAAAAUAUCGCAUCGUCUGCAACUGAACGACCAACCAAAUCGAAUCCCUGGGCUUGCCCUCACUGUUCUUGGGUUCAACGGAACCACCGCACACCGGACUUGAAACGUCAUAUUCGCACCCACACGCGGUUCCAACAGCCUGCACUGUGGGUGUGUUGUGGCGUAGCCCUAGAACUCUCUGGACCCUAUGUGAUCCCUGAGGACGCUCAGCCAUACGACUUCCAAGGGCGGAUGAUGAUCGGAGGAUGCGGCAAGGAGUUCAGCAGGCGUGAUGCGCUCAAACGGCAUCUAGAUAACCACAAUAUCACUUGCAUAGGAGACCUCAACAAUUUCGCUACCUCUUACGACUAGAAAGUGAAGGCGUAAAAGGCGCAACGACAUGACAUGACUCUUGCUCGUCUUGACGACUAGCGAAUUUCCUGCAACAUUGUAUUUCUGACAUCGGCUCAUCCUGAUUAAUAACAAAGCAAUGCUGUGUGUUAUACCCGGGCUGGAACUUAUGUAUUAUAUCUUAUACUUUACCCUCAGUCUCACUGUACUUGUCUUGUCUUUUUUUAUUCUUUUUAUUCGUGAUCUCAAUAGGUUGAGCUGUUACCAAUAUUAUCCUUUCUCCUAGUCUCUAAUUUGUUACAAGAAAUACUCACAGAAGCCUUUUCAUACGUUCUUUGUGGGUUGAGUACUUUGCUCGUCUGAAUAUCCGCAGCAGACGUCUAGGAAAAUCACCAUAAAGGCCAGUGGUUAAAU